AUUCCAAUGCUUUGAUGAGCUGAGUUUCAAUCUUUGUUGAUAUGAGCUGUAGGGCUUGAAAAUAAAAAUGGGCGAAAAUUCAUUAUCUUUUGUUAGCAAAACUUCCGCUCUAGACCUCUCAUGCAAACCGGUUCCCCAUUUGAGAGAACAGAAAAUCUCUGAAAACUCAGACUUCACUUCCAAUGAAGACUUGAGCAAUGGAACUGAACGUGAUUCAUCCAGCGUACAAGAAGUGACUGGUAACUAUGCCAACAUAAUUGUUUCUAACAGCAGCAAACCCAUUAGUGUGCUAGAACAUGCUCUAACUUGUGAAGUCCAAAUUGAGAGUUUGCCGUGUUCUGAUGACGAAACAAAUCUUGGAGUAGAAGGCGAUCUGAAGCAAGAAUUUAUUGUCGAAGAACCCGAUUCCGGAGACGAUAUUGACCCAAACCAGUCUUCUAUUAAGAAUUCUUUCCAAUUAGCGUCAGGCAACGCUGACAAGAAUUUAAAUUAUACGUUGUCAUCGAGAGCUUCAAACCUGGUUAACUGCUCCUAUGAUGAAUCAUCUAAAGAAAUUGUACCAUCCCAAGAUGAAAUUAAGUUUUCAACCAGUGACGAUAGAAACCACAGCAAAGAAGCUGAAAUCGACCAGUAUCAAGGCAAACAGGCUUGCUAUUGUGUAGAAACGAACCAACAAGUUCCUCAUUUAGCAACCCGGCAGCGACUUGGAAAUUACAUACGACCUACUGGCCCCGCAUUAAACCAGGCCACCGUAUCUGCAUCAUAUGUUGCAAAUGCUGCAAUGCACACCACCGAAGAUGCAUCGUGUGGUAAUGUAAACGGAAAAAGAGAAGAAAGUGUUUAUGACGGCCCUUGUAAUGUACUAGCAACCACCUUCACUAAAUGCAAUACAAUCCAUCACAGUGUGUUACUUGAAAACUCUAUUCCCACUUCCAAUCAAUUUCCCACUUGUUCUGUACCUUUGUCCAACUGUCACAAUUUAAACUACAAUACAGAUGAAAAACCGAGUAUUACUCCUGCGGCUAAUCAUAAAGUAUGUGGUGGUACAUCUGCUAAUUUAGUCUCCUCAGUACACAAUACACGUAAUUAUGAGACCUGUCAAAGAGAGCCGCCGUCAUUUUCUAACUAUGCAGACACGGCAACAAAUAUUACCCACUUAGAAAAUGCCACUGGUAGACUAUACCAUGGUGUCAAUUCUGACUAUCAAGUGAAUCAAUUUUCGCCUUCCUUCAAAAAUCUCGAUCACGUAGUUCCGUGCAAUUGUCACGGGCAAAAUUAUAGAGCUGAAAAUAAUGUGUCCCAAUUUGUGCCUAGAGGGGGGCCCUUCUCAAAUCUGUCUCAAGUUGCCCCUAGUUGUCCGACCCACCCUUCUUCAAACAGAAAUCAAGAAGCAGCGCCCAAAUACCAUCACGCAUUAACCUCAAACAAUUCCAUUUACGAGGCGUCUAAUAGUCACGCUUUUAACCCUGAAAUAGACACGAUGAUACCAUAUAGUAGUAAUAAUGGCACCCCGAAUUCAACCUCUAACCCUGGUCGCAGCUCACAGCAAAAUUUGAUAUAUUACCAAGCCCACAUUCCAAACCAGCACAGAGAACUUGUACAUUCUUUCCAAGUGAAUCCAAACAACCUGACACGGGCUAAUGAGCACAUUAGUGGACAGAUAAAUACCUCUAAUUUAUGUUCACAACAACAGCAACACUACCAGGCUAAUAAUAGAUCUGCAAUAGAGAAAACAAAUCCAGACGGUAGUAUAGCAGCGUCAAGAGUACCAGAAUUAGUUUGUCAUAACGGAAUGUCCACUUCUAAUCAGCCUGUUUAUUACGAAGCACCGUUGAAAGCAGCAGUGAAUAACGGCAGCAGUUCAUCGACGUCUUGUAAUUCUUGUCACUCGGUGAGAAACGCUGAAGUAGAUGGCUUAGAUAAUUUAGCGAGUAAACAACGAUUAGCUGGGAGUUUAAGUACAGCGUCGGAUCCAAGUGACGGUUCAGGAGGGUCGGUUGGUUCAAAUCCGGUGAGCGGAGGUUCGAGUCCCGAUGACGAUGCCUCGACAUACUCGAGUGGGAGUAAAGCGAGCUCGGCUGUUGAUACAUCGUGUGCAGUGAGGCCUAAGAGUGGAGUAGGCAAGGUGAAGGGAUCGGCAAAUAAGGAUAGCAAAGGAGCAGCGAGCGACGAAGAAGACCACGAGGAAGGCCACAAACUACUCAAAGCAGACGAGAAGGCACUAAACUCACUGGACAAGCACAUUGGGGAGUUGCCUAAGAACUGUUUCCAGGGCAAGCGCCUCACAGCCUACGGGGGCAGAGCACCCGGCCCAGUGAACCCUGACUCACUCUACGAGGGCAUUAAAUACAAGUGUGCAUAUCUAGGCUCCACUCAGCUCAUAUCCACGUCCAGACCAAAUAGAACACUGCGAAUGCAACAGGCACACGAAGCAGUGACUCGGAUCAAAGCGCCGGACGGAGAGUUCCAGCCAUCGGUGGAGGUGUAUCUGCACAUAUCCACUGAGAAACUGGCACUUGUCAACAUGGACAACGAUCAGUCUAUCAUAGAACACCCUCUCCGCACCAUAUCAUACAUUGCGGACAUUGCUAAUAUCAUAGUCAUCAUGGCCAGAAGGAUACCGGCGUUCAACACUCCGUCAGAGCAACAACAAUCAAACAACAACAACAAUGACUGUGAAGCGAAAGGAGAAGAAGACGAGGCUUCUCAACAGCAGAGUGAAGGAGCCGAGGGUCAGGCGAGUCAAGACGAAACAUGCUAUGAAGGCCAACAAACGCAAUAUGCAAAUGAUUUGGAUGCAGAGGGAUUCUCACUCAAGCCAAACAAGAUAGUGUGCCACAUUCUGGAAUGUGACAAGGCUCAACUGAUAGCCCAGAGCAUAGGCCAGUCCUUCCACCUAGCCUACCUGGACUUCCUCAAGCACAACGGAAUCGAGGAUGAGUCGGCACUCGAACUGGAGUACCUCGAUGUGCUCAACUCACAGGAACUGAAAGGCGAAGAUUUGAUGCUCUUUGCGAACAAAGAGGCCUCUAAAGAUGUGACAAUCUUCAAGCAAAAAGGAGAAAUUACAGGUAUUGUCGUCAUUGAAUCUGGCUGGGGAUCCGUAGUGCCCACCUUCGUCAUAGCCAACCUCAGUCCCACGGGACCUGCCGCGAGGUCGGGGCUCUUGAACGUCGGUGACCAACUCCUGGCGAUUGACGGAACAAGUGUAGUGGGUCUUAGUCUAGCCAAAAUACAAGCGAAAUUGAAGUCUUUGAAGUCUGAAAUGGCAACCAGAUUAACUAUAGUGCAAUGUCCGCCGACAACUACUGUGUUGAUAAAGAGACCUAGUUUGAGGUACCAGUUGGGAUUCAGUGUGCAGAAUGGAACCAUUUGUAGUCUGAUGCGAGGAGGAAUUGCUGAGAGAGGCGGAAUUAGAGUGGGUCAUCGCAUCAUUGAAAUCAACCGGCAGAGUGUGGUAGCAGUGCCGCAUGACAGAAUAGUGGAGAUGCUAGCGACUAGUGUGGGACAGUUACACAUGAAGACCAUGCCAUUGCCCAUGUUCAGACUACUCACUGGCCAAGACACGCCCACCUACUUCUAGCACAAAAAAACGCCUCCAGUCCAAAAAAACGCCUCCAGUCCAAAAAACGCCUCCAGUCCUGUCGACGCGAGUAGACGUCAAUAUAUCUGUGGAAAUGGAAAAAAUACACUAAAAAGCCGAAUGAGACCUCUAAGAAUGAACUAGAUUUUCGUGUAAAAGUCAUGGGACAUAUUAAGAAGUUCAAGACCUUUUCUACCAAACUGUCAUGAUUAUUUUCAAAUGACUGAUUUCGAAUACCGAUGAAUACUUCAAUCUGCGAAAGGCUGAAUUUACGGCUGAUAGAUUAGACUAGUAAAUUUGAGUGUCAACGAAUAAAUGUAAAAUUAUACUAGUCAUCGCCCUUCCACAUUUCGUUCUUUUUUCUUCUUUUACCGGAAAAACAAACUGUUCUACUGCAAGUGCUGAUGAUAAGAGGGUGUCUUUUAUUGGUUAGUCGUUUCCCUCUUUGUUUGAUCGCAGCUUACGAACACGAACGAUCAAAUCUGGAAGCAAGAUACAUAUGGCCGUUUAACGAGAUGCCAAGGACAUACCAGAAUCACAAAUCGUGGCGAAAUCAACUUACGAGUGGUCGGAUUGCAGUUUCCGUCAAGCGCGGCUCCGUGACCCAGGUAGUGCAGGGGUGCAAAGGGCUCGGUACAGGCAGUGCAGUUGCCGUUAUUUGUGAUAUUAUUUAAUGUCUUCGAUGAACAAAAUGAACUCUUUUCUUGGUUUUACUCCCUUUGUGUACGCUCGUCUUUCGUGGCUGCACCAAAUUACGUAAAUGAAUUGUAAUUAUUAAAUACAUGAAAAAGCUUUAAAAGCAAAUAUUUUAUUUCAUCCCUCAGCCGCAGUACCUCUAAUUGAUUCACUCAAAAAGUCAGGAAAGAAUCAAGAUAAAAAAGUAAUUUGACCAUUUUAAGCGAGGUAGUUCUGUAAACUUUGACGUCAAAAGGGGGGGGGGGGGAUUUGAUUGAGAGAUCCUAAAUUCAUUAGAAUUAAAUAGUCUUCGGUCUAGAUUCUUACUUUGGUUAAUAUAUAUCAUAUUACGUGAAGUGCUUCGAACCAUGAAAUUUUGAUGGUGAAAACGGAACUGAAAAAGAUAGAAGGUAAAAAAGGCGUCGAAAUUCCCAGCGGAAAUUAGAAGUAAUUGCAAUUCGUUGGGAAUAAAUAAGUGUGAAAUUAUAAUUAUAAGAAGCCAAGUUUCCUUUCUCUUACUCAACAUACGCCAAACAUCCUUUUGCUUUUUACCGGUAGAUUUUGUUGUAAAGAUGAGAAGAAAUUCAAUUGUGUUCGUCAAGAGCGCAUUACAAUUGGCACUGGCUGCAAAUAGUGAUGUUAAUUAUUCGAAAAUGGGGUAGGAGAGAUAAUAAAAAUAUCAUUGUCUGAUCCAAUUCGUAGGAAGCAAAGAAAAGAGUCAUUGAAUGUUUCAUUAAUUUUGUAGAUAUGAGUUUAAUUCUGUCAAUUAUUUUGGUGCUUUAAUUAUACUGUUUUCAAUCAUGAGCGUUAAUAUGAGUAGAAACUGAAUGCAAACAGAAUAUAAAUUAGACUUA